AUGUGGCUAACUCCGCGUCUCUUCGCGCUGCAAGUAAAGGCCGCUGAGAAAUUCGCCAAAUAUGCAUCUUUUAGCCCGACUCCACUUUCUUUGAAGACUCUAACCUCCUUCGGACAAAAUCCCAGAGCAGAUAUUAUCCAGUCCACACGUUUUUUAAGCACAGAAUUGCCCGUCAGGAUUGCAAAUAUUUUGCAAGAACUGCGUUUACUUCCUAGGAAGCUGUUGGAGACACCCUCGGCGUCGUUAGUGACCAGUUGGUAUGAGGAGUCAUUUAUGAGUCUUAUAGACUUUGAGGACAAGACUUUAAAUGCCAAAGAAUGUGAAAACUUUUUGGUGUUUUUGGACAAGGCCUUAUCCAGACACAGCACAGUUGUUGAAACAAUGGCAGCAGGUGUUAUGGAAAUGCAUGAAAAGCAUGGAGAAGAUCCUGUCACUAAUAACCAGUUGCAGUACUUCUUGGAUAGGCUUUUCUUAAUGCGAAUUGGCAUUCGUAUGCUCGCAAGUCAGCAUUUGCUGGUUUUUGGGCCUGAAUUUAAUAAACACCAUCGGUUUGUUGGAUGCAUCGACCAACACUGCAACGUCGUGCACAUUUUACGUGAUGCCUACGACGAUGCAAAAUUGCUCUGUGAUCACUAUUAUGCAGACUCGCCCAAUAUGGAGGUUUCUCUUGUAAAUGACGUAAAUGGUGUCAUUGAAUUCGUCUACGUCCCGUCCCACCUCUAUCACAUUCUUUUUGAGCUUCUCAAGUCCUCGCAGAGGGCAAUCGACCACCAUGGUAUAGAGAUUUCAUAUUUCAACAGGUUGGCAUUUGCUCUGCCUUACCAACUCGAACGUCACGUAUACGUGAUGGUGGUAGCAAUUGUGUUACCAACUUUAUUUGUCUAUUAUGAGAUUGGGACUUUUGAGAAUCUAAUGCGUCAGAAUGCUCUUCGUGCCGUGGUGGAGAAGGGUCGAAAGUCCAGCAACGAUGAAUACCCAGCCAUCAAGGUCCUGAUUGUCAAUGGUGAGCACAAUGUUACCAUCAAGCUCUCGGAUCAGGGUGGAGGUUUUCCCCGAUCGGUAAAUGAUCAGCUCUUCCGGUACACCUAUACCACGGGCGGCCUAAGGACAGGCCGCAGUGAAUCACUCCUCUCUCCCUCGACUGGCUACGCGCCGAUUGCUGGCUAUGGGUAUGGACUGCCAUUGUCACGACUGUAUGCGCGCUACCUACAUGGUGAUUUGAGUUUGUCAGGCGCGGAGGGCUACGGCACCGACGCGUACGUUUACCUUAUGCGUCGAGCCGCGGAUGCGGAUGAAUUCUUGCCCGUCUUCAAUCGCACCUCGGCUCGACGCUACGAGUCGGUGGGCAUACCGAUUGACGACUGGAUUAACCGCAAUAUCACCCACGAGACGCCCCUCCAAACCCCGCAGCGAAGCAGGGAUGGGAUCACGCACAAACUGCGUGAUGAAUACGUGCCCAGAUUAAAUGUUGCCAUCGCUAGGCAGCUACCUUUGGGGACGUUUUACUACUCAAGUCUGAGGCGUUCUGGUCUUCUCGGACGGGUAACAUCGCAAAGUUACUCGCUUGGUCUAAUUUCUCUACCAGUAGAAUGGGAAGUUGCAAGACCGCUUCCUCCGCCCCCUUGA